AUGGAGAAGGAGACAAAGAUUCUAGAGAUCAACUUGAUCUCUGCACAGGGUUUAAAGACGGUAUCUACUAACCUACGCCGGAUGAAGGCCUACGCCAUCGCCUGGGUCGACCCGUCCGCCAAGCUUCGAACGCGAGUAGACCGACUCGGUGGCGAAAACCCUACCUGGAACGACAAAUUCCUUUUCCGAGUAUCAGAAGACUUCAUCUCCGGCGAGACCUCUGCCGUGUCAGUCGAAAUCUUUGCCGUCGGUUACCUAAGGGACUUCCUCAUCGGCACCGUCCGGUUUCUUCUCAGUACCUGCAUUUGUGCCGCUGAGACAUUCACCGGAACCCCUGCCUUCACCGCUGUACAGAUUCGCCGCCCUUCUGGCAGCUUCCAUGGCGUCCUCAACAUUGCUGCCGCGGUUUAUGAUUCGUCUGACUUCGCAAUCCUGAAGAAAACCCCUGCUAUUAGUUUUCGCGAUAUGAUGGGGAAGGAAAAGCGUGAGCAGAAGCCGCGCCGGAGCAAAAUCAGCCGCGAUGGAUCCAAGCGGAGUGAGCAGUCAUCUGGGGGCGAAUCUUGCGAUCUCUCCUCGUUGGAUCUAUCUGACGGCACCGACUCGACUGCGUCAUCAUCAUCGGCUGCUUCGACGGCGCUGAAGGAGUGGAAUUGUGUCAGAGAGAUCGCCGGAAAGAAGAAGGGCUCGGACUGCGGAGGAGGGUUGCUCUGUGGGCUGAUGAUGCAAAGGAAGAUUCCAUUCUGUCCGUCGGAUCAGAAUCUCCAGUUCUGGGCAGAUGCGUUGGAAGAGAAUUGA